AUGGCCACCUCCGCUCCCCGUCCCGUCCUUCCGCCCAUCGACUCUCCGCCGCCCAUUGAUAUUCCGGCACUCUCUCCUCCUGCUGAUCCUUCAAGAGACAUUCCCCGUAAUCCCCGCCCUGCGCACACAAAUGUCCUGGCCCGCCUUCACGCUCUCUUUCCCUCUCCCCACGGCCAGUCCACUUCUACCUCCCCGGCGGAGCCAACCCCCGCUCCUCCUCCUCUUCCACCCAGACCGCCCCCAAAGUUCAUCAAGCUUCGUGUCGUCACCUGGAACAUGCAUGACUCCCUCCCGAAGGGCGAUCUAGACGAGCUCUUGGGCACUGUUCAACCUAUCAGUCCCACCCUUCCUCGUGACGGCCCUCCAAUCCUUCCCACUUUUCCGCCCACCCCGGACCAUCCAUCUCAUUUGGUGAUUGUAGCCGGUCAAGAAUGUCCGUCCGCGUCAGGCAUACCGAUGGCAUUUGGUGCUGGUUUCAAGCUGAAUAACAAGGAGAACUCGCGCUCCAAGCACUCACUCCUCCCCCCCGACCCCGACGAGAUCGUCGUUCGAAAGAGUGCAGAGGCAGAUAUUCCUUCCCCGACGGUCGAGAAGCCUCACGACCACCACCAUCCGCCGAGCAGCUGGUCAACGAUACUCGAGAGUUGGUAUUGUCAAUGUGCUCCCUCUCCCGACGCGCCACACCAGCCCAUCAACGAUGCCCUGCCCACUUCCCCAUACGAGCUAUUAAUCAAGGAGAGGAUGAUGGGUCUCUACCUUGCUGUGUUCAUCCACCGCGAUGCCCGCCCAUUGGUUCGAGGUACAUCAAGAUCCGCAGUGACCACAGGCCUAAUUGGUGGUCGAGUAGGGAACAAAGGAGGUGUGGGAGUCAGCGUGAAUUUGGACGGCUCCACUUUCCUAUUCGUGAAUGCUCAUCUGGCAGCCCACGAAGGCAAAGUCCAUAACCGUCUGGCUGACCUUGCGAAGAUCAAGGCCGAGCUGUCCGUCAACGACUUUCUUUCGCCUGACGACCCUCGCUUCAUGGCCGAAGACGUCACAGAUCGCUUCGACACAACGUUCAUAUUCGGGGACCUGAACUUUAGAUUGGAUAUCACUCGCCUCCACGCAGAUUGGCUUAUAUCACGGAAAGAGUAUGAACAGGCGUUGGAAUUUGAUCAGCUUCGCAAAGUCAUGGCAUAUGGGACGGCCUUCGCAGGUUUCAACGAGGCCCCGAUCAACUUCCCUCCGACUUUCAAGUACGAUGUCCUGCGCACCCUGAAGCGAUCACGACAGAAGUCGUUCAAGCGGCUACCCGCAACUCCGAUGAUCGUUACUCCGUCGCAUGAGAAGAUGCUCACCGAGGUCGCUGAACACGAUCCGGACACAGCAACCACCGUUGUUGAGCAAGACGGUCUCUCACAACAUGACGACGAUGAGCCUCAACCCGAUGGAGCCUCCGUCAUCUCAUCCGCAUGGAUGUCGGUGCGUUCUCGCCGAACGGUCGAUCCUGACGCAGACGAAGAGCCAGAUGAUUGCGAGCCGCGUUCACCUCCCUCCCCUCCCGCGAGCGCAAGCACGUCAAAUCUGGUUCAGAAGAUGUUCUCUGCGACCGCCGCUAACAAAGCAAAGGAGAAGUGGAUGAACGUGCUCCUUGCCAGCCAGUCUGAACCUACUCCCGCCCGCUCCAAGAGUAAAAGAGCAAAAUGGCGCCAGAGCUGGUCCGCCGCGAAGACCGCAGUCCCCACUCCUUCUCGACGCGCCAGUCAGCAGGGUUUGGAUGUCAAGCCACCCGAAACUCCUAUAGACUCGUUGGACUAUCGCAAGUCUAGAUCUGGCAGAGCAAAGGAGCUGCAGCACGCGUUGUUGGAUGCCGUCCACUCGCGACCACACAAGCAUUUGGCUCUCAGCGAGAACAACGUGGACUUGGAGGAAGAGGACAGGGGUGUGUAUGACUCGUCUCAUAAACAGAGGGUACCUAGCUGGUGCGAUCGGAUACUGUGGAAGACAACCAUCGUGGUCGAGCCCGACACCGAAUCCCAGCGAUUCGUGCCGCUCCGCGCGAAGAUGGGUCAGAUAUUCCACGCCCUCAAGCCGUCGUCUCUCCGUUCGCGAAGAGAUUCCACGUGGUCCCUGCACCAUCCCGAGUUGCCACCGACAUCCAUCACGGGUGAACGAAUGCCCCAUCCGCUGUCGGCGAGCACUUCCACUCCAGUUCAGCAGCAGGGUUCGCCUCUGAGCGAUCCUUCUCUGCUCCCAUUCCCUACGAAGCCGCAUGGGAAACGACUGCCCCAGGUCAGGUCGGUGGACUCCUUCCAACGUUCGUCAUCCUCGUCUGAGGAACGCUCGUUGGCGCGAAUCAAAUCGCUGGACCCUGCUGCCAACGGGCGGGUGCCUUUCCGCCAUGCCAACACCAUCUCCCCAGUCAUGCCUGUCAGCGAUACAUCCCCCACGCUCGUUUCCCCCAUAGCUCCUGACAGCCCGGUUGAUAUGAGGUCGCCACCCCACACCAUUUCAUCCCCCUCCGCCCCAGUCUUCAAGUGGCUUCUGCCGUUCCUGUACCGGGACGGCCACCAGACGAUGGGGCAACCUUCAGACCAGGCGACACCCAGCUUACAGGCACCGGUACAUCGCCGCGGAGACGUUGUUUGCCUGAAAUACGACACGCUAGACGACCAGGGAAUGCGCAAGCUGGAGGGACGGAGCGACCACCGACCGGUGAUUGGGUCCUACGCAGUUUACAUCUAG